UCUAUCUCACCCCACUGGGAUUUUAUUAUAACCCAAAAAAAUGUACAGAAUUUCUAGCAGGAACAAUCUAGAAGUCUAUUAGCUCUUUUGACGUUAAAUGGUUGCUUAGAACUUUGUCAAAACUCGAAGGAAUUCAUGUUUUAAUUUUCUGUAGUUGGAAGUCGUCUUCUUUAGCUCUCUCUAAACAACACCACAUCUACCUCACUGUUCAAAGUUCUAAAUUUCUUAAUCUCUCUCUCUCUAUUCUACCUCUCACAAGCACAAAGCUGUUUUCCAUCUGAUUCUUCUGUCUGUCUAUCUAUCUAUUAUAUAUAUAUAUAUAUAUAUAUAUAUAUAUAUAUUAUAUCUUCUGUUCCCCUGUAAAUAGCAAGAACAGAGCAUCAACAAUGGCGGCCAACAAAUUUGCGACCAUGUUGCACAGAAAUACCAACAAGAUCACUCUAAUUCUUAUCUAUGCAGUCCUUGAAUGGAUUCUGAUAAUCCUCCUCCUCCUGAAUUCUCUGUUUUCCUAUCUGAUCAUCAAAUUCGCGGACUACUUCGGUCUCAAAACACCCUGCCUUUGGUGUUCUCGUGUGGAUCACAUCUUUGAGCCCCGAAAAAAACCCAAUUCAUACAGAGAUCUUCUCUGUGAAGCACAUGCCACAGAGAUUUCCAAAUUGGGUUACUGCUCGAAUCAUCGGAAGUUAGUUGAAUCGCAAUAUAUGUGCGAGGACUGCUCAUCCUCGCUACCAAACAAUGACGGGGUUUCAAAGAAUUUUGCUUUCUUUCCAUGGAUGAAAGAACUUGGGGUGAUUCAGAGUGAAGGAAAGAAGAUUGUUGAAAAUGGUGAAGUGGGUUUGAAGUGUUCGUGUUGUGGUGUGAGCAUGGACAGCAAAAGCAACUCUCCGUAUAUUGUUAUCAAGCCUGCUUGGGAUGUUCUGGAUUAUACCCAGAAAGGAAAUUUGAUUGCAGACGCAGGGAAUGAUGAUGAUGAUCAUAUUGAAGAAGGAGAUUGUUCGGGUCCGAGCAGAUCAGAUUUUUUGGUAGAUCGAUGUGAAGACGAGCGUGAAAUUGAGAAAGAGGUUGAGAAUCAGAUGAUUUCCGGGUUUAAUGGACGUUUCGGUUUUGGAGAAGAGGAAGCAGAGGAGGAUUGCUCUGUUUCUAAUUCAAAUUCCGAAUUGAAAGAAUUCGGAGGUGUUUGGCAAGCAGAGAAAGAACCCAUUAAGGAGGACAAUUCAAAUGUGGUUAUGGAAGAUCCGUGGUCCGAUGAGACCAUCAAUUCCAUAGAUGAUUCAUCUCUUGAAAUCAUUCCUCAGCAUUUGGAGUUCUUUGUAGGUCAAGGUGGUUGUCGACUGAUUCCAGUGGAAUUGAUUGAUUCAACCACUGAGGAAAAUCAGAGCAAGUACAGAAUUAAGGAAGAAGAUCAUGAAAAUAAUGAUAUUCAGGAAGCCAAUUUAGGGUCUGUAUUGCAGGAUGAGGCACGAAUUGGAGAGAGUGAAGAGGAACCUAGAUUUGCAGUGAUUGAAUCUGUGGAAAUGGAAGAGAAUGAGAAUUCUCUUGUAAUUCAUGAAAAAGAUUUUGAUUUGAUGAGAGAGGUGUGUGAACAAGUUGCUAUGACUCAAGCAGCCCAAACCCCACCUAAGGAUGUUGAUGAUGAUGUUCAAGCACCAGUGGCAGCAGAAGCGAACGAAAGGGAUUCAGAUGAUUCUCCUCAAGUUUUUGAAGAAUUGUCUCAAUUUGUAGUCAAUGACGAUGUUCAAGCACCGGUGGCAGCAGAAGCUAACGAAAGGGAUUCAGAUGAUUCUCCUCCAGUUUUUGAAGAAAUGUGUCAAUUUGUAGUCAAUGAAACUGAAGUAGAGGUCUCUAUAGGGACAGAUAUACCUGAUCUUGAUCCAACAGAUGAGAUUCAAACUCGAGAAAUUCCCACUUCAUAUCAAUGCAUACAUGAAGAUCCUUCCACCAGUUCUGCUAAUCUAGAUGCUGAUAAUGAUCAUGGUUGUAAGCAAACUGAGGAAGAAACAAUUGUAUGCAAAACAAUAACAGUUGAGAUGAGUGAGACAUCAAUAAGCAAUCAUUUUCCUUUGUGUUCUGAGCUUAAUGAAAUUGAGGAUGAUAAAGUCCCAGAUACACCUACUUCAACAGAAAGUCUCCACCACUUGCACAAGAAAUUGCUACUACUCGAGAAAAGGGAAUCGGGAACUGAAGAGUCUCUGGAUGGAAGUGUGAUAAGUGAGUUUGAAGGUGGUGAGGGAGUUGUGACAGUUGACCGCCUGACAUCGGCUCUCAGAGCUGAAAGAAAGGCUUUACAUGCUUUAUAUACGGAACUCGAAGAAGAGCGGAGUGCUUCCGCAGUAGCUGCCAGCCAGACCAUGGCGAUGAUAAAUAGGCUUCAAGAAGAGAAGGCAGCAAUGCAGAUGGAAGCCUUGCAGUACCAGAGAAUGAUGGAAGAACAAUCUGAAUACGAUCAAGAAGCUUUGCAGCUUUUGAAUGAGCUUAUGGUAAAGAGGGAGAGGGAAAAGCAUGAGCUAGAGAAAGAGAUUGAAAUUUAUCGGAAGAAGGUUUUGGAUUACGAGUCAAAGGAAAAGAUGAAGAUGUUAAGAAAGAGUAAAGAUGGUAGCAGCAGUAGAAGUGGGACUUCCUCUGCUUCUUGUAGCCAUGCCGAGGAUAGUGAUGGGCUGUCUAUCGAUUUGAAUCAAGAAGCGAAGGAAGAAGAUGGCUUCUAUGGCCAUCAAGAAAGUGGCAACCACAACACCCCUGUUGAGGCAGUUCUAAACUUGGAGGAAUCAUUGGCCAACUUUGAGGAAGAGAGAAUGUCCAUUCUAGAGCAACUCAAGGUUUUAGAAGAGAAGCUUUUUACAUUGGCUGACGAAGAGGAAAAUCAUAUUCAGGAUAUAAAACCAAUUGACCAUUUAUGUGAAGAGAAUGGUAAACAUCUGGAUGAGAAUUCCGAUUGUGAUUGUGAUUGUGAUUGUGAAGUGAAUGGGGAUGAAAAUGGUUUCUCGAAGGAAAUGAAUGGGAAGCAUGAAGAGAAAAGAACAAUGGGUGCAACAACAGGAAAGAGGCUUCUUCCUCUUUUUGAUGAAAUUAGUGCAGAAAAUGAAAAUGGGAUGUUGAAUGGUCACGGAAAUGGGAUGUUGAAUGGGCACGGAAAUGGGGUGUUGAAUGGGCAUGAAAAUGGGGUGGAUUCUGUCACAAGAAUCAAAUUGGGGAACAAGAAACUUGCCGUUGAAGAGGAAGUGGAUCAUCUCUAUGAGAGGCUACAAGCGCUUGAAGGAGACAGAGAGUUCCUAAAGCAUUGCAUUAGCUCCUUAAAGAAAGGUGAUGAGGGCAUGGAUCUUCUCAAUGAGAUUUUACAUCAUCUUCGCGAUUUACGCAAUGUGGAGCUCCGUGUGAGGAAUCUGGAUGAUCACUGUGUUCUAGUAUGACACUGUCCUCAGCUAUCGUGACCAAGAAGAUAAUCGUUGUUCAUUUGUUUUGGAUGCUUGGUGAAUGCAGAUUGUGUUCUCGGAAUUGAUCAAUGGCUUUGGACUUGGAUGAAAAGCACUGCAUAUAUCCAGUGAAAAGCGGAUGCGGUUUCGCAUGUUUUAAACAUUGGAAAGGAGGUCCUUCGAUGGAGAGGGAGGCUCCUGAGGUUUGGUGAACUUGGUGGACUGGAAAUUGAAGCUUGUCUGCCUAACCUUUUGUUUUCUUCUUUGUUUUCAUGGUUUUUUUGAGUCCAAGUAAAGCCCUAAUUUUUGUGGGUUGUGACCAUCUCAACCUUUUUAGGGAAAGGAGGAUGAUGGGUGCAUGUGUGUGUAGGCUAGUAAGGUGACUAGGUGAGGCCACCCUGUAAUUUGUAUGUUAUGAGAGAAAGAAAAAAAAGCCUGGCUUGCAAAGCUGGAGAAAAACAACAGAGACUCCAGUGCCAGGUUCAUACCACUAGUUAUCAUAGACAUUUAGAAAAAAAGGAAUUUUUUUUUUUUUUUUUUUUUUUUGGGGGGAGGGGAAUGAAGAAAGGCAAGUAAUUCCCUUUUCUCUCUCUCAUAUCUGCAUCAUUUCAUCAUAUGAGGUUUGUUUAUUAUUAUUUGAAAGGGGCAUAGUUGAUUAGUUGUAUACUACAUGUAUCUAUCUGUAAGUAUAUAAAGUGAGUGUUUGUUUA